AUGGCACCGCUCGGACUAAAAGCCAUUGUGGGAGAAAAGAUUAUGAAUGAUGUCAUCAAGAAGGUACACAAGAAAGGAGAAUGGAAGGUGCUGGUCGUAGACAAGCUGAGCAUGAGGAUGAUGUCAUCCUGCUGUAAGAUGACAGAUAUCAUGUCAGAGGGCAUCACCAUUGUUGAAGAUAUCGGCAAGAAACGGGAGCCUCUCCCUAGCAUGGAGGCCAUCUACUUAAUAACGCCCAAUGAUGAGACUGUGGAGGCACUCAUAGAUGACUUCAGAGACCCUCGGUCGCCCAGAUACAGAGGAGCUCACGUCUUCUUCACUGACACAAUCCCAGAUUCAUUGUUUAAUUUGUUGACGAAAUCCCGCGCGUCCAAAGCCAUGAAGACCUUGACUGAGAUCCACAUCGCCUUUCUGCCCUAUGAGUCUCAGGUGUUUUCCCUGGACAAGACAGAUGCCUUCCAGGACUUCUACAGCCCCUACAAGGCUGACAUUAAGCACAACAUGUUGGAGCGCUGUGCUGAGCAGAUCGCCACUCUCUGCAACACCCUGAAGGAAUACCCUGGCGUCAGAUACAGAGGGGAGUACAAAGACUGUGCCACACUGGCUCAGCUCCUGCAGGACAAGCUGGAUGGCUACAAGGCAGACAACCCCACCAUGGGAGAGGGUCCGGACAAGUCUCGCUCCCAGCUCUUGAUUCUGGACCGAGGCUUUGACCCGGUCUCUCCCAUCCUCCACGAGCUCACCCUCCAAGCCAUGGGCUAUGACCUGCUGGGCAUCGAGAACGACGUCUACAAGUAUGACACCAGCGGGAUGGGGGAGGUCAAGGAGAAGGCGGUGUUGCUGGAUGAGGAUGAUGAUCUGUGGAUGAGUCUCAGACACAAGCACAUUGCAGAAGUCACCACGGCUGUGACCCGUUCUCUGAAAGAAUUCUCAUCCACCAAAAAGAUGAACACAGGAGAGAAGACCACAAUGAAAGACUUGGCUCAGAUGCUGAAGAAGAUGCCCCAGUAUCAGAAAGAGCUGAGCAAGUACUCCACUCACCUCCACCUGGCUGAGGACUGUAUGAACCGUUAUCAGGGCACCGUGGACAAGCUGUGUCGUGUGGAGCAGGACCUAGCGAUGGGUACGGAUGCAGAGGGAGAGAAGAUCAAGGACCCCAUGAGGGCCAUCGUGCCCGUCCUGCUGGACAAAGACGUCACUGUCUUCGACAAGAUUCGCAUCAUCCUCCUCUAUAUCUUCAUGAAGAACGGUGUUUCGGAGGAGAACCUGUGUAAGCUCCUCCAGCAUGCUAACAUCCCUCCCGAGGACAGUGACAUCAUCUCCAACAUGGCCCAUAUGGGCAUGCCCAUCAUCUCAGAGGUUAGCUCCUAUAGGAACAUAAAGACUGACCGGAAGGAGAGAGUGAGUGAGCAGACCUACCAGCUGUCCCGAUGGACCCCUCUUAUCAAGGACAUCAUGGAGGAUGCCAUUGAGGACAAACUGGAUCCAAAGCAGUACCCCUACAUCUCCCAACGAACUGCCUCCACUCACUCCAGCGCUCCAUCAAGUGCCCGGUACGGAAACUGGCACAAGAACAAGGGCCCCACAGAGAUGAAGACUGGUCCUCGGGUCAUCGUCUUCAUCAUCGGAGGCAUGACCUUUAGUGAGAUGCGCUGCGUCUACGAAGUCACACAGGCCAAUGGCAAAUGGGAGGCCAUCAUUGGAUCAACCAAUAUCUUCACCCCUACAAGCCUUCUUCAAACUCUCAAAGACCUGGAUAAACAAGCAGAGGUUUAAGCAGAACCCCCUGGCUGUAGCUGUCCCUCUCUUAACUAGCUGUCCCUCUCUUAACUAGCUGUCCCUCUCUUAACUAGC